ACGGUGUUCUAUAUUUUAGGACGCGGAGUUUAAUGGCAAUUGGAUUUGAUUCAAAUCUUAGUCAAAAUUUACGUUUUCCCGAAAUUAAGGCAGGGACAACAAAACACGAAGUUGCGUAACUUUGAUGUGUCCAACCAGAAUUUCAGCCAUAAUAAAUAGCGCGCACUCGAGACCCAAGACAUCACUCAAGAACAUCUCCUUGGACAAGCAACUCUAUCUAGCUCACAAUGAAGGCCUUUAUUCUACCGAUCAUCCUUGGUUUGGCUGGUGCCAUGCCCCAGUAUCAGAAUUUUGGAGCUUCAUCAUAUCCAACGAAUGCCGGAUAUUCUUUGACCAUUGGCAGAGACGGUUCUUUGACUCCUCAAGGAUAUUAUCAACAGCCCAGUAAUCCGGCUUCAAAUACUGCACAGAACUACUACACAGAUUCACGAAUUCCCCAAGCGCAAUCCUCGCUGAGCCAAUUCCAGCAAUACAAUCUAGAUCAACAGGCCAAGCAACAACAAUUGCUCCAACAAUUGGCCCUUGAGCAACGACAAAUCAUUUCCGGCCAAUCUCCCUCAUCGCCUUUGUCGCCUUCAUCACCUUCUUCGCCCGUGCAAUUGAGGGCUCAGCCACUAGUCCCCCAACAACCGGAGUUGGAGCCGGACCAACCCGUCAAACCAGUGCUCAUUCCAGAAGAUUCGCUCAAGGCCAUUGAAGCCACAGGACAAGCCUCCUCUGGAUUUGUCGAUGGCAUUUUGGAGGCUUUUGGCGACGACAUUUCCCCCGAGAACAAGCAGAAAGCAGAGGAGAUCAAGACGACGUUCUCCAAUCUGGCCAGCAAACUGUCCGGCUUUGCUGCCCGACUCCAAGGAAUCGCAGACAAAGUACCUCAAAUCACUCAACUGUUGUCCCUUCAGCAGGCUGCCAGCAAAAAGGGAAUUUCUUUCGAAGCCACGAAAGAUAGCAGCACUGACACAGUGCUGAGUUUCGCAUGAUAUUCCUACCUACUUAGAAUUGUUUACUGUCCUUGGACUGCCUAAAAUAUAAAAAAAAAACAAGCAAAUAAUGAAUCUAAAGUCGUCAUUAGGCACAAUAUUGGUAGUGUGCUAUCAAUGAAGAUAAAAAAGUACGUAAAGAAAUUUCCCCCUCAAGGUGGUUUUAAUCCAACGUACUUUUCUGUCCCAUGAAAAGCUCUGUGCGAGCUCAGUAUUGAUCCAUUUCUUGCAAAACAUUAAAGGCCCAGAUUCAUUUGAAAUCGGUUGUACUCGCAAGAACAGGGUAGUGCGUUUCUACUCAUAUGAAAAGAAACAUAUAUUAAGCGCCUUUGCUCCCGAACGGCCUCGACUACUUCAAUUCAAUGCAUUUCAAUGAAAAAAAGUUAUUUGUUUUUGGCAAAAUUCAUUUCGUUAUAUACGAAACUUACAAGCCACCCAUUCACUUCUUUCUUUAACUUCAGUCUCAAGGAUAGACACCAGUUUAAUGGCUUAAUGUAAGCAAACAUCGAUGAUAACAUGAUAAUAAAACAGUCAUGUUAUUGAUCAUAAGGUAAGCUAAAUGUAAUACAGAAACGUUUUCUACUAUUUCCACUUAAAAAAUUAUUAGCAAUUAGCUGAUAUCUUGAAUACUGUACCUCAAUAGGAAUGUAUUUUUAAAUGGAUUGAAGUAAAUAUAUUCGUUUUGAACCGUG